ACAAUAUAUAUUACAUAUUUUGGGGAUAUUGAUUUUCUUUUUUCAUUGUGAUGCAUAUUAAGGUUAAUCAUGAGGCAUUAUUUAUUUAUAUAAUGAUAGGUGAAAGAAAAAAAGAAAAACCACAAAAUCCACAUAAGAUUAAUGAUAAUGUAGAUAAUGAUGAUUUGGAUCAAAAUCUUUGUGAUAAUGAAAGUGAUUAUUAUAUUCAAAAUACAUUCGAUGAUGAUAUGAUUGGAGAUAAUGAAAAAAAAAUAAAUAUUACUAAAAAUUAAAGAAACAUAAAAAAGAUCGAAAGAAAGAUAAUAAAGUUUAAUAAUCCUAAUCAAAUAAAUGAUAUGGAAUCAAAUUCACAUACUUAUUUGAGCUUAUUCGAUGAGCAGGAAGAAUAACAGUAAAUUUUGGAGGAGGAAUAAAAUUGUAAAGUUAAAAAGGCAAAUAAGAGUUAAUACAGAUCUUUUAAAAAGGAAUAAAAAAAAUAAACUGAAUACUUCGAUUGAAGCUUAGAUUUGAUUUAUUUAAUUUUUGUGCGGAU